GUGGCGACAGAAUAACUUCUGAAUCAAUAUCUUGCAGUUAUCGGUUAAAAGAAUGUAAAAUUCUUUAGCAAUUUUGAGGCGUAUAUGUUUUGUAGAAAUGAAGAAAUUACGAUCAAAUCCAAUGUCUCGGGCAAAUAUAUUUUCCUACCUAUCAUAUUGGUGGCUGAACGACUUUUUUGCUGAAGGAUCCAAGCGGACGUUACAAGAAUCAGAUAUGUUUGAACUUGAUGUUUCCAAUAUGUCCGCAGAAAUUACGAGUGAUUUGGAAAGAAAUUGGGAGAAAGAAAUUCGAAGAUCUAAAAAAACAACCGAACCGAGUUUAAUCCGAGCGGUAGCAAUGACAUAUAGGAGGCGAUUUAUGUUAUGUGGUGUAUUAGCUCUUAUAGCAGAAUGUCUCCGAACAGCAGUACCAGUCUUGAUAGCAUAUCUCGUAAAAUACUUCGAGAAUCAAACGGUUACUCCAGUUUGGCAUGCAUAUGCUUAUGCCGCUGGGAUAAGUGUCGUUACAAUAUUAUUGGCUUUUAUUCAUCAUCAAAAUUUUUAUAUAACUCAAAGAAUUGGAUGGCUUAUGCGAGCAUCAACCUGUGCCUUGAUGUAUAAAAAAACACUUCGCUUGAGUCAGAAAUCAUUGAAUAAUACGUCGACAGGUAAAAUAGUUAAUCUCGGAGCCACAGAUGUUCUUCGAUUUGAUGUGCUUCCUAGCUUUCUGCAUUAUCUCUGGAUCGCACCGCUGCAAUGUUUAAUUGUUGGAAGUAUAAUCUGGCAAGAACUUGGAAUUGCUGUAUUAUCUGGAAUGGGAUUCUUGAUUUUGAUCAUGUUAUUGCAAAUAUUCAGCGGACGGGCAUUCGGCAAAAUUAGAAGUAUGACAGCUGUUAUUACAGAUAAACGCAUACGACUAAUGAAUGAAGUGAUAACUGGAAUGAGAAUUAUAAAAAUGUAUGCAUGGGAAAAACCGUUUGCAAAACUUGUUUCAAACACAAGAAGGAAAGAAGUUCAAAAAAUUCUUCUUUCGUCUUCAUUGAAAGCUUUUAAUUUUUGCAUUCAUGCAUUCCAAGAUAAAAUACUCACCUUUGUUACCUUAUUGACAUAUGUCGCCUUAGGAGGUACAAUAACAGCGUCGAAGAUAUUUAUAGUAAUGGGACUCAGCUCAUCUUUGAAACUUUCUACUACUUGUUUCGCGCUAGCAAUUGAAUAUAUGUCAACAACUAACGUAUCAAUGAAGAGAAUACAGAAAUAUUUGCUGAUGGACGAAUUUUCUGAUAUUCGAAAUUAUUUAAAAUCAAACUCCGACCAAGAAAUUUACGUAGAACUCGAAAACUUCACUGGUAAAUGGGAAUUGAAUGAUGAUGCUAAAGAGAGAUCUGAUACAACAUUAAAUUGUGUAAAUGUCCGAGUAGACGCAGGAAAGUUGGUCGCAGUUAUUGGACCGGUUGGCUCAGGAAAGUCCUCGCUUUUAAGUGCAAUACUCGGUGAAUUACCUGCGGCUGAAGGGAAGGCUACAGUUCAUGGAAAUGUUGUCUACUCCAAUCAAGUUCCUUGGAUUUUCUCCGGUACUGUACGAGAAAAUAUUUUAUUUGGUGAGGAAUUCGACCAAGAACGUUACCACGAAGUAAUCCAUGCAUGCUGUUUAAAGAAGGACCUCAAACUUCUGGUUGAUGGAGACAUGACACUCAUAGGCGAGAGGGGUGUUACAUUAAGCGGAGGUCAAAAGGCAAGAGUAAGCUUGGCACGAGCUGCGUACAAAAGGAAUGCAGAUAUAUGUUUAUUGGACGAUCCACUAAGCGCAGUAGAUAUCACUGUCGCAAGCCAUAUAUUCGAACACUGCAUUUGUGGAAUAAUGAAAAAGAAAGCGCGAAUACUCAUUACUCAUCAACUGCAGUUAUUGAAGAGCGUGGAUGAGAUUCUCAUUUUCAAAGAGGGAAGAGUAAAUGAUCGCGGAACUUAUGCCGAACUUCAGGAUAGUGGAGUUGAUUUUGCUGCUUUGCUCUCGAAAAAAGAAGACGAAUACGAAUCGGUUUCUCGCGAAAAAGGACAAACAGUUACAGGAUCCCCCAUUAGCCUGAAUACAAAUUCAAAUGAUUCACCACAAAAAUCCAUAGUGCAACAAAUAUCGAUCGGAGACAAUAAGAACGAGAGAUAUUCAGAAAAGAUCGUUGCAGAAGAAAUAAGAGAACAAGGAAGUAUUGGAGGAAAAGUUUAUCUCGAAUAUUUCAGAGUUGCGGCAAACGCAUUCUUACUUUUUUUAUUUUUCAUCAUUGUUAUAGCAAGUCACGUGCUAUAUAUUAUGAAUGACUGGUGGUUAUCGAAAUGGACAACGUCAUAUGAAAACUAUCUGUCAAAUUUUUCAUCGAAUAAUCCAGAUUUUUCUUCUGGAUCGGGACAAAAUGAACCGUCUGAAGUUUUUAAUUCGACUACCUCGUAUACAAGUGUUAACAAUACAAACACGUUUGAUUCCAGAUAUUACAUGAAGAUAUAUGCAGUUCUUUCCGCGAUGGUGUUUUCGAUUGUGUUUCUUCGUGCAAAUUUACAUUUUUAUAUUUGCGUAACCUCCGGUAUCCACAUGCAUAAGAAGAUGUUUGAAGCAAUCCUACGAGCCCCGAUCAGAUUUUUCGAUACUAAUCCAGCAGGAAGAAUCCUAAACAGAUUUUCCAAAGACAUGGGACAGAUAGACGAGCUUCUGCCAAUCACUUUCAUUGACUUUCUGUGGAUUCUUGGCGUGAUCGUCAGUGUUGUAAUUCUCACAUCAGUCGUCAACUAUUUUGUCAUCAUUGUAAUUAUUCCAUUGGUCAUUUAUUUUCUCUGGCUAAGAAGCUAUUACUUGCGUACUUCAAGGGAUAUAAAAAGACUAGAAGGAACUUGCAGGAGUCCAGUCUUCAGCUUGUUAUCCUCAACUUUACAAGGUUUACUCACUGUUCGUGCUUUCGGUGUUCAACACCAAUUCGAAGAUAAAUUUCACGAAUAUCAAGAUUUACACAGUGCGUCAUGGUUUCUGAUUCUUGUUGGAACAAGAUGGUUUGGAUUACGACUCGAUUUGAUAACUGCUACGUUCAUAUCAGCCGUUACAUUUUUCUCCGUAAUUAGCGCUUCAUUACUGAAUCUUCAUUCGGGUGAAAUUGGAUUAGUCUUAACUUACACGGCAUCAUUGAUCAGUAUAUUCCAAUGGGGUGUUCGUCAAAGUGCAGAAGUUGAAAAUUUAAUGACAUCAGUAGAAAGAGUUCAGCAAUAUUAUCGCAUACCGCCAGAAGCCGCGUUGGAAAAUCCUUAUAAACAACCACCAAACAGCUGGCCAACAUCUGGCGCUAUCAAGUUUGAAAAUGUAUCUUUUUCUUAUUAUGAUGGUGGACCGAAUGUGCUAAGAAAUAUUGAUUUCGCAAUACAACCAAAAGAAAAGAUUGGAAUUGUCGGACGAACGGGUGCCGGGAAAAGUUCUCUCAUAUCAGCACUUUUCAGACUUUCUGAACUAACAAGUGGUGAAAUAUUCAUUGAUGGAAUUCCCAUAACACCUUUAGGACUUCAAGACUUACGUAAAGCACUAUCUAUAAUUCCGCAGGAUCCGAUCCUUUUCACUGGAACAAUGAGAAGAAACAUUGAUCCUUUCGACAAUUAUUUGGAUGACGAUUUAUGGAACGCAUUGGAGCAGGUUCAGUUGAAAGUGUUGGUUGAAUCUUUCCCUUUGAAACUCAACACAGAACUUGCUGAAUCAGGAUCUAAUCUCAGUGUUGGACAAAGACAACUUGUUUGCCUUGCACGAGCAGUUUUGAGGAAAAGUAAAAUUCUUGUGAUUGAUGAAGCUACUGCAAAUGUCGAUAUCAGGACAGAUCGUCUGAUUCAAAAGACGAUAAGACGAAAGUUCAAGCAAUGCACUGUUAUAACUAUUGCUCACCGAAUAAAUACAAUAAUAGAUUCAGACAAGAUUUUGGUGCUAGAGGAAGGACAAGUUAAGGAGUUCGACAAACCAAAUGUUCUUUUGCAAAAAAGGGAUGGCCUGUUUGCUAGCAUAAUGAAAAGCGCUGGUCUAUCUAUAGCAAAACCAAAUUGCGAAUAAAAAAGGCUACAAAAGUGACAGCAAUAGUUGUAUUUGUUCAGGCUUUCAAUUCUAUUUUAUUCUUUGAACAUAUAAAUGCUUGCUAUGAAUGUAAUAUAUUCUGACGUGAUAUGAGCUAUUAUUUUCGUUUGAUUUUCAAGUAAAUUUCAUUGUUUAUUUUGUAUUUGUAUUUAAGUGUAGCCCAAUAAUAAUUGUAUAUGUGAGAAAUAAAAACCUGUCAUUAGUCAGUCAGGUAAUUUUGUGACCAUCAAAGGCAUAAGCAUUAUAUACCGCCUAGUAUUUGAUUAUAUCUUUGAGUUCCGUGGUUUUACAUAAUUUAGUUACGAAACUCUUACACCAAUGAAUUUGUAUUUUAGGAUGAUUCCGUCAUUAAUUUACUUAGCCCGCCUAAAGUUACCAGUCAACAAUAAUUUGAUAGUACUCUUUUACUUUUACGAUAUCAGCUUUAUAAAACAAGACACAGUAUGAAUGAGUAAGCCAACAAAUAUUCGAGUCUUGCAAAUUAUGAAGCAUCGAAGUUUUUUCAAGGGCUUUAUUCGUAUUGAUUCGAGAAACGCUUUAGUGAAGAGCAACCAAUUAGUUCCACUGCGGUAUAAGCAAUCUAAAACUUUUCAACGAGAAAUAACCAUUCAUAUGAGUUUCUGCAAUUUUCAUAUGCGCGAAAUGCUCUCGAAAGUUUGAAAAUGGAUUGACAUUAUAAGAUUCAUUUUUAAAAUAAAUAUAUACAAGUUAAAAAUACCAAUGUAGUCGGACCCGACCCUAUUAAAUGCGGUUUAUAUGUGUU